AUGGCCACUGUUACUGCCACCUCCCCUGCUCUCCUCCUCCUCCACCUCCUCCUACUGCUCCUCAUUGGCGGCGCGCUGCCAGCGACGAAGGCCGACAUGCCGAUGACGGUGAACGAGGAGGUGCUGGGGCUAGUGGUGUUCAAGUCGGCGCUGUCCGACCCGACCGGCGCGCUGGCCACGUGGACGGAGUCGGACGCCACCCCCUGCGGCUGGGCGCGCGUGGAGUGCGACCCGGCCACCUCCCGCGUGCUCCGCCUGGCGCUCGACGGGCUCGCGCUGUCCGGCAGCAUGCCGCGGGGCCUCGACCGCCUGCCGGCGCUCCAGGACCUCUCCCUCGCCCGCAACAACCUCUCCGGCCCGCUCCCGCAGGGCCUCUCCCUCCUCGGCUCCCUCCGCUCGCUCGACCUCUCCUACAACGCCUUCUCCGGCCCGCUCCCCGACGACGUCGCGCGCCUCGCCUCCCUCCGCUACCUCGACCUCACCGGCAACGCCUUCUCCGGCCCGCUCCCGCCCGCCUUCCCGCGCACGCUCCGGUUCCUCGUGCUGUCUGGCAACCAGUUCUCCGGCCCCGUGCCGGAGGGGCUGGCGUCCGGGAGCCCGCUCCUGCUCCACCUCAACGUGUCCGGCAACCAGCUCUCCGGCUCGCCCGACUUCGCCGGCGCGCUCUGGCCGCUCGAGCGCCUGCGCACGCUCGACCUGUCACGCAACCAGUUCUCCGGCCCCGUCACCGACGGCAUUGCUAGGCUUCACAACCUCAAGACCCUCAGCCUCAGCGGCAACCGGUUCGUCGGCGCCGUCCCGGCGGACAUCGGCCUGUGCCAGCACCUCAGCACCAUUGACCUCAGCGCUAACGCGUUCGACGGCCACCUCCCUGACUCCAUCGGCCAGCUCGGCUCGCUCGUCUACUUCUCCGCGUCCGGCAACCGGCUCUCCGGCGACGUCCCCGCUUGGCUCGGCAAGCUGGCCGCGGUGCAGCACCUGGACUUAUCCGACAACGCGCUCACCGGAAGCCUGCCGGACUCGCUUGGCGACCUCAAGGCGCUCAAGUACCUGAGCCUGUCCAGGAACCAGCUCUCCGGGACCGUCCCGGCCUCCAUGUCCGGGUGCACCAAGCUAGCCGAGCUGCACCUGAGGGGCAAUAGCCUCAGCAGCAGCAUCCCGGACGCUCUGUUCGACGUCGGGCUCGAGACGCUCGACGUGUCGUCCAACGCGCUCUCGGGCGUCCUGCCGUCCGGCUCGACAAGGCUGGCGGAGACGCUGCAGUGGCUCGACCUCUCCGGCAACAAGCUCACCGGCGGCAUCCCCACGGAGAUGUCGCUAUUCUUCAAGCUCCGGUACCUCAACCUGUCCCGUAACGACCUCCGCACGCCGCUGCCGCCGGAGCUCGGCCUGCUCCGCAACCUGACGGUGCUCGACCUGCGUAGCACGGGUCUGUACGGCGCCAUGCCUGCCGACCUCUGCGAGUCCGGUAGCCUCGCCGUGCUCCAGCUCGACGGCAACUCCCUCUCCAGCCCCAUCCCCGACAGCAUCGGGAACUGUUCUUCCCUGUACCUCCUGAGCUUGGGGCACAACGGCUUGACGGGGCCGAUCCCGGCGGGCAUCUCGAAGCUGAAGAAGCUGGAGAUCCUGCGGCUGGAGUACAACAACCUGAGCGGCGAGAUCCCGGCGCAGCUGGGCGGGCUGGAGAACCUGCUGGCCGUGAACAUCUCGCACAACCGCCUCGUCGGGCGGCUGCCGGCGUCGGGCGUGUUCCAGAGCCUGGACGCGAGCGCGCUGGAGGGCAACCUGGGCAUCUGCAGCCCGCUGGUGGCGGGGCCGUGCAUGAUGAACGUGCCCAAGCCGCUGGUGCUGGACCCCAACGAGUGCCCGCCCGGCGGGGCCGGCGGCGGCUACAACAACCUGGAGACGAACGGCGGCGGCGUGGGGGCGCCGAGGAAGCGGCGGUUCCUGAGCGUGUCCGCCAUGGUGGCCAUCUGCGCGGCGGUCGCGAUCGUCCUGGGGGUCAUCGUGGUCACGCUGCUCAACGUGUCGGCCCGGCGGAGAGCCGAGGCGGCGGGUGGUGGUGGCCCUGGCUACGACCAGAAGAAGGAGGUGGACGAGAGCAUCGUCACCAGCAGCUCGACGGCCAAGUCAUCGUCGCCGCCCGGCGGAAAGGGCAGGGGCAAGCUCGGCGCCGGCAAGAUGGUGACGUUCGGUCCCGGGAGCAGCCUCCGGUCGGAGGACCUGGUGGCCGGCGCCGACGCGCUGCUGAGCAAGGCGACGGAGAUCGGGCGCGGCGCGUUCGGCACGGUGUACCGCGCGCCCGUGGGCGACGGCCGCGUGGUGGCGGUGAAGAGGCUGGUGGCGGCGAACACGGUGCGGUCGCGCGAGGAGUUCGAGCGGGAGGUGCGCGUGCUGGGGAAGGCGCGGCACCCGAACCUGCUGCCGCUCAAGGGCUACUACUGGACGCCGCAGCUGCAGCUGCUGAUCACGGACUACGCGGCGCACGGCAGCCUGGAGGCGCGGCUCCACGGCGUCGGCGGCGGGGCGGAGUUGCCGCCGAUGACGUGGGAGGAGCGGUUCCGCGUGGUGUCCGGGACGUCCCGGGCGCUGGCGCACCUGCACCAGGCGUUCCGGCCGCCGCUGGUCCACUACAACGUGAAGCCGAGCAACAUCUUCCUGCUGGACGCGGAGUGCAACCCGGCGGUGGGCGACUUCGGGCUGGCGCGGCUGCUGCCGGGGAAGCUGGCGGACGGCGGCGGCAGCCGGUUCCAGGCGGGCGGCGGGAUGGGGUACGUUGCGCCGGAGCUGGCGUGCCAGAGCCUGCGUGUGAACGAGAAGUGCGACAUCUACGGGCUGGGCGUGCUGAUCCUGGAGCUGGUGACGGGGCGGCGCGCCGUGGAGUACGGGGACGACGACGUGGUGGUGCUCAUGGACCAAGUGCGCGUCCUGCUGGAGCACGGCAACGCGCUGGAGUGCGUGGACCCGGGCAUGGGCGGGCACGUCCCCGAGGAGGAGGUGCUGCCGGUGCUGAAGCUGGGCAUGGUGUGCACGUCGCAGAUCCCGUCCAACCGGCCCUCCAUGGCGGAGGUGGUCCAGAUCCUGCAGGUCAUCAAGGCGCCCGUGGGCGGCGGCGGCAGAAUGGAAGCCUCCUCCUUCUGA